CCCUCCCCCCCAUCGCUAUCAAGCCGUCGCCGCGCCUCGCCUCUCUCGCCCCUCAGUUCAGCUCUCUCAGUGCGAUCGGUGCGUCACGUUAUUGUUGUCGUGUUCUGAGUCCUGAAAAUUGAUGAAGAGGCGCGAGGGCGGCGGGUGGACGGUGGACGGGGCGGGCGUGGUGCGGGUGGAGGAGCGGGAGGGGGACCGGAGCGUGGCAGUAGUCAGGAACCCCAUCCUCAUCCCGCUCUCCAUCCUCGAAGUGCUCCUCGUCGGCACCCUCUGCGCCCUCAACUACUGCUUCAGGUAUGAUCCUAAGAUUCGAGAGGACUCCAGCAUGAUCAACUGGCAGGGCGUGAGGCUGUCCUGCGCCGACCUCCCCUUCGUGUCCUAUCCAUACCUCGUGGCCGCCAACCACACGCUCUCCGCCUCCUCCUUCGCCCUCACGGAGUCUGUCUUCUUCACCUGUUCCAUCGUGGUGCCCUGCCUCCUGGUGGUGGUGGUGGAGCUCGUGAGGCUGCAGUUCCCGGGACGCAAAGUGAAGCACGUACAGAGCUGGUCCUUGAACUUCCCCCUCGUGGUGCGCCGAAUCCUGCGCUUCAUACUUACCUUCAUCUCCGGCGGGGCAGCCACGGGUCUUCUGGUAGCGGUGGCGAAACUUGGCCUGGUGGCUCCCCGGCCCCACCUGCUGGCGGUGUGUGGCUCCGAGGCACCCGUGCAGGAGGCGUGUGGGGUGGCGGGCAACCUCAACUGGGCGCCCGAGCAGGUGUGUGAGGCCAGUGAUGACGUCCUCCACGAAGCCCUGCGAGCCUUCCCCUCCUACCACGCCGCUCUCGCCGCCUACUGCGGCGUGUGGACAUGGGCGUACCUGGCCGUGGCGGGGCGCGUGCCUGGAGUGUACGGCGGGAGGCUGGUGGGGGUGGGCGCGGUGGUGGGGAUGGCUCUGCUUGGCGCCACCCACGGCCUCCGCACCUACAGCAGCUCCCUCGUGGACGUGACUGCCGGCGUGGCCAUCGGGACUGUGGCCGCCCUGUUCGUGGUGUACGGACUGACCAACGGCUUCAAGGAGCGUAAGUGGAGGACAAGGUUGCUGAUGGAGAAGGCGAGGAUUGGGGACGCUAACCUGCUGCCUCUCAAGCCCCUCGGAGGAUCCCCCAACCCCAAGCACUUGUUGAAGAAGAAGCGCGAGGUGGAGCUGGGCGACAUGGAGACCAGCAGCAGCAGCGACGAAGACGACACGAGCUACGGAACACUUACCCUGCAGGCCGAUUCCUUCCCCUUCAUCCCCAGGGCCACCACGCUUCCGAGCAGGGCCCUCGCCAAAACGAUGAACUACACUCCACCCGCCCAGGCCGUCAACCCCAGACUCCACCCGAACUCCUCCUCCUCCGCUGCUCCUCCACCUCCACCACCACCUCCUCCACCACCUCCUCCACCUCCUCCUCCUCCACCACCCAUGUCCAACAGCUCCCCCUCCGGCCCGCCUCCCAGCUACUCCCGGCCUGAUCACCACCAUCUCGAACCUUGGACCACCAGCAGCUCAUACAACAUUCCCAGGCAGAGGUACUCAGCCCCAGCCCCGUCACCCCGCGCCCCAGCCUACGAGCCGUCCCCCCGCGCGCAGCCCCACAGGUCCUAUCAGCCCCCCAGGAACCUUCAGCCCCUCGCCGCGUUCAGCACCCCUCGACGAGACACCUACGGCCAGCCCCACGCACUGUCGGAGAACUCUUCCUACUUCUGAUAUGUUAGUCUUGCUCUUUUUCCCUCUUUUUCCUUCUUUUCUUCUUUUCUUUCUGUGUCUUUUGUUUCCUUUGCUGUUUCGUGACAUCUCUCUCAGUUUUCUUUAUCCUGGUCCAUUUUUUUUCUAUUUUAUUGCGUUUUCUUUUCUUCCUCCUUCUUUUGUUCCUUCCUCCUCUCUUUAUUUUAUCCCAAUGCAUCUAUUCUCUUGCGUCUUUAUUGCCUCCUCCUCCUUCUCCUCCUCCUCCUCUCUUCCUUACCCCAUUUCCCCUUCUCGUUUCUUCUCUCCGUGUAUACUUUCCCCUAUUUCUCAUUAUUUUCUCCUCUCUUUAUUUUAUCCCAAUGCAUCUAUUCUCUUUCGUCUUUAUUGCCUCCUCCUCCUCCUCCUCCUUUUCCUCUCUUCCUUAUCCCUUCUCCUCUUCUCGUUUCUUCUCUCCGCGUAUACUUUCCCCUAUUUCUCAUUAUUUUCUCCUCUCUUCCUAUCGCCCCUUCCUCCCUUUCCCUUCACUCUCUACCUCAGAAGAAAAAAUGUGGAAUGCGCUGCAAGGGAGGGAGAGAAUGGGAAGGUUAUACUAAGACUAACCUCCCCUACUCCACAAACCUCCCCCGCUAACCGUCUCCCCUCAAAAGUUAGUGUACCUCCACUCUUCUCCCUCCGCUCCCCUCCCUUCCCUCCCCUUGAGGUAGUUGUACUGUUAGACUGGCCUGCCUACGUACUGUUUUUUUUUUUUUAACCUUAGUUUCUAGUUACACACACACACACACACACACACACACACACACACACACACUCAGCGGUCCGUACUCUUUUUUAAGUAUAUUUGUAGUAGUUGUAGUAAUAGUUGUACACAAUAGUAAUAAUAAUAAUGGUAGUGGUAGUGGUAGUAGUAGUUCUUGUAGUAAGUAAGACAACGACCUCUGUCAUUGUAGCAGCGUGUUGUGUAUGGUGCAUGAUUUGUAGUGAUUUUGUUAAUAAAGAACCAUCGGUUAUUGGUAUUUAUUAGA